AUGAACGGGAUGGUCAACGAGAAAAAUUCGGUGAGGAGGUUAUUUUCUAACCUGGAUUCUGAAUCUCCAAUUCGUCAUAAUAGUAUGGAAUUAUUGUAUAAUACUUUACCAAAGAAAAUCUUACUAAUGUUAUCGCCUUUUAACCCGAACAUCGACUCUGUGUUGGCAGAGUUGGUUUCAGUGAUAAGGGAACACUUGCCAAAUUCUGAAGUGAUUUACGAUAAGUCGAUAUUAUCUCAGAUUCCAGAGACUGAUAAGCUUUGGGGUGAAGUUCAGGAGCUAUACAAGGGUCAAAUGGUGACCCAUUUCGAGGAUCCUCUGAAAACGCAAAAUUUAUCACAAAAGGACUUAGAUGAAGUGGAUUUAGUAAUAACAGUUGGUGGAGACGGUACAAUGUUGCGAGUAAAUAAGCUUUUCCAGGACGAAAUUCCACCAGUAAUCGGGAUUACUAUGGGCUCACUCGGUUAUAUGGCUAAGUUUAACCUUGAAACUGUAAAGGAAGCGUUUGCAAAUAUGGAAACCAAAGGCUUCAAAAUCUCACUCAGAUCGCAAAUCCAAGUCAAUAUCUUCAAUGAAAACGGUGAAUGUGUAGUACAAAGAAAUGCGCUUAAUGAAUGUGUUAUUGAUAGAGGGUUAUCACCGUAUAUAACAACACUUGACGUGUUUUAUAACGGAGACUAUUUUACAACAGUGUCAGGAGACGGAUUAAUGUUAACAACACCAAGUGGAUCAACAGCAUAUUCAAUGUCAGCAGGAGGCUCAAUCGUACACCCUCACGUGGAGGCAUUGUUGUUUACUGUGAUAUGUCCACAUUCGAUAUCGUAUAGGCCUCUGGUGCUGCCAUGCACAUCAACAAUUAAGGUUGUGGUACCACCUGAUAACCGAGGAUAUGUUAGAGUUUCAAUUGAUGGCAAUUACUCUUGUAACAUAAGGCAUGGGUGCUCAGUCAAGAUCAGCACUUCAAGUACAAAGUUCCCACUAGUGCUACCAAAACAGACCUGGACCACUAAGGAGUGGUGCAGAUCACUCAAGGAAAACCUGCACUGGAACGUUAGAAUAAGACAACAAAAACUACACAUUCCAUCUGAAAAUACAUCAAAGGAUGAAAUCAACCCUCAAGAUUAA